AUGACUGAUUUAGGUUUAAUAACCUACUUCCUUGGUAUGGAAGUAAAUCAGAAUGAGGAUGGCAUUUUCAUGAGUAAGCAAGCCUUUGCAUUAAAGGUUCUAAGCAAAUUCAGCAUGUCAAAGUGCAAGCCUGCUGACACUCCUGUUGCACUAGGAGAGAAACUGUCAAGCACCAGUGAGCAUGAUCGAGUAGAUGAAAAGGGAUAUAGGAGUUUGGUUGGUUGCCUACUCUAUUUGACAGCAACAAGGCCAGACAUCAUAUAUGCAGUUGGCCUUCUCUCGAGGUUCAUGCAUUGCUGCAAUGUUGCACAUUUUAAAGCUGUUAAAAGGGUCCUAAGGUAUGUCAAAGGAACCUUAAGCUUUGGUGUGAAGUUUGAGAGAGCUGAAGAGUUGAGGCUGGCUGGCUAUUCAGAUAGUGAUUGGGCUGGUUCAGUUGAUGAUAUAAAGAGCACAUCAGGCUAUUUCUUCACUUUAGGUUCAGAUGUUUUUAGCUGGAGUUCUAAGAAACAACAGAUAGUAGCUCAAUCUACUGCAGAGGCUGAGUAUAUUGCAGCUGCUACUACUGUUAAUCAAGUAAUUUGGCUUAGAAAGCUGUUGGAUGACUUGAAUGCUGGUCAACCAGAAGCAACAAAGAUUAAAGUUGGCAAUCAGUCAGUUGUUGCAAGUGCCAAGAACCUGUGUUUCAUGGCAAGACUAAGCAUUUCAAGAUCAAAUACCAUUUUGUGA